CUCUUUCUGCAAUUCUUCAACCGCCACCUUAAUCGUCCGCUCAAUUGAGAGCGUUUGAUGAUGACGGGUUUUGGUUGAAAUUGAAGAAAAAGGCCAGAGGGGUUUAUUUGGGAAAAGAAAUUAUCGGAGAGUUUGAUUCCAGAAUCUUACAGGAGAAGGAAAAGGGUAGGAUAGACAGAUGUUUGGCCAAUCAACUCAUCGCUCAGUUAGAAUUAUCUUAAACCCAUCUCAAAACUACUUACCAUUUAAUCAAAAACCUCAAUCUUGAGAAUUGAAACGCCGGCAAUGGCUUCAGUUCCCGCCCCUGCGGGCGGCGGCGGCGGCCGUGGUGGUGGAUACCGGAAUCAAGAUGCAGAAUUGCUGUUCCGAACGAAACCCAUUGCUGAAAUCCGUAAAGUUGAGCAUCAGUGGCCGAUAGUGGAGAGUUUUAGGGCUCAAAUCUCGCAGAGGACUAGAGAGAGAUUAGUGGAUCAAGCUGUUCUUUUGGGUCUUGGGAUUAAUGCUUAUGCUGAUGCACUUUCUGCAUUGGCGAUUAUUGAUGAGCUUUGUCCCGAACAGGUUUUGAAUCUGUUUUUGGAUUCCCGAAAGCUGUGUAUAUUGCAGAGAUUGAAUGCUUGUUCAAGGAAUGUGAAUGCUGAUAAUAAUGAUGUGACAGCAGUGUUUUCCCAAGUGCUGUCGAUAAUUCAGACCAUUUUGGAUUCCCCAUCAGCUUCUCAGUUGUUUGGGGGAAUCCUAAAUCCUGAUGAGGAAGUGAGGUUAUGGACUGCAUUUAGGGAAAAACUGGAGGGCACAAUGGUUCCGUUGGACCGGGGUUUUAUCGCAAAAACUUGUUCUGAUUGGUUAAGGAAAUGUGGGAAGGAGAUUGUGAACAAUAUCAGUGGAAUAUGCGAGCUUGUGUUGGGUGAUGAUUGUGAUCUUUGGGCUGAUAUAUAUGAAGAUUCUUUCCUUCACAGAAUGAAAGCUAUUAUUGAUACCGAAUUUCAGAAGUUGAACUCAGUGGUGAAUGUUUUGCAAUCAGUUCGUACUAUUGUACAAAAACCUGAUAAUACACUUCAGGGUUACCUGGAUAGACUUGAUGCGGGUGGGAUUUGGUUCAUCAAGCCAAAUUGCAAAAGGGUUGGUUCAUUGGAAUAUCUCAAAGAGAUUGAUGUCAGCAGCGGUUUUAAUGGCUAUUUUGGGUUAGAAGUCAUCCGAAUCAGAGAUGCCAUAGACAGUGGCUGUGCUAGAGAUAAAUGUUACAGAAGUAUGUCAAACAUAGUGGGAGAUGUCAGGAGUGAAUUAGACCUACUUUCCAGUGAACUGCAAAAUAUGGAUGACAAACAUGAGUCUGAACUGCCGGCUACCAUAAUUGUUCAGAGGUCCCUAUUCAUUGGUCGACUGAUGUUUGCUUUCCCGAAGCACUCUAAGCAUAUAGCCAUUGUUCUUGGUUCACCAAGAUUGUGGAUGAAUCAAAUGGUUGCUGAUACCCCUUUCAAUUCUCCAGCUGCUUUGAGGUAUUCUAGAUCAUCUUUUGAUUCCUAUAUAAAUGAUAGUCUAGAAACCAAAAUGUUUGAUUCUCCUAGAAGGCAAGUUUCUUUUGCCUCAUCUGUUUUGUUUGGGAUAGAUGAUAAUCCUAGUCCACAACUUGAAGAACUUAUUUGUACCACCCAGGACCUAUGCUUAAGAGCUCACAAUUUAUGGACAUUUAGGGUCCCUGAUGAACUUGCCAGAACGUUUUCUGCUAAUCUAGAGCAAGAUGAUGCCUUGUUAGGAACUGCACUCCUGAGAGGAUGGAAGAACAUUGUUAUCAAGCAAGAGCAGCCUAGUGAAAGCACAUCAAAUAUAAAAAUAUCUCUUCCAAGCAUGCCUUCUACAUACGUCACUUCAUUUCUAUUCAAAGCUUGUGAAGAAAUUCAUAUUGCUGGUGGCCACGAUAAAGCUACAUUACAAAGUUUAGCGGCAAAACUGUUGGGGAAGGUCAUUGGCAUAUACAAGGAAUUCCUUGAAGGGCAUGAGAAACUGUCAGAUGAGGGAAUUUUACAAAUAUUAUUGGACUUGAGAUUUCUUGGUGAUGUUUUAUCUCGAGGUGAUGUGAUAGAAAAUGUGAUGCCUUCGAAAGUACCAAAACAGAAGGUUCCUUUUAGAUUCAAGCAGGAGACACGUGAAACAAAGUCAGCCAUUAGAGAGGGUCUGGAUGGCUUGGUAAAUCGCUUAUCUGAAGGACUGGAUCCCAUAGAUUGGCUCACGUUUGAACCUUACUUGUGGGAGAAUGCUAGGAAGUCCUACUUGAAGCAUGCUGUUAUUUAUGAAUUCUUUGUUCAACUUAAUCGGCUGUACACAGAUUCUGCACAGAAGUUGCCUUCUCUUUCAGACUCAAUGCCUCGGUUCAAAUAUAUACAUAUAAGUGCUCCAGCAUUGUCUUCAACCGGAAAAGUUAUGGGACCUGCAUUGACAUCUGUAAAUGAUGUUACUUCAAGAAGUGAUCGUAGCAAUUACAAGAAUGAUGAGCCAGAAAAGAGCAUUGGUAUUGAGGAUAAUACAAAUCUGGGGAUGGCAGCGCCUCUUUUGAAAUCAAUUAUGCAGGUUGGUACCAAAUUAGAGGAAUUGAGGCAGGGGUCCUUUUUAACAAUUGGACAAGUUGGUACGUUAGGCGACAUACUAACUGCUCCGGCUGCUGGACUCCUUUCAUCGUUAACUCUGCGAGAACAGGUUCAAGAUUGGGAAGACAGCAUUGAGUAA